AAAGUUGAGGCACUGGACUUUGAUGAGUCUUUCCGGCUUUUCAAGUUGAAUGCCUUUGAACAUAAUCAUAUUGACAUAGAAUACUAUGAACUGUCUAAGAGCAUGGUCGAUUAUGCCAAAGGCGUUCCAGUAGUUCUUAAAGUCUUGGGUCAUCUUCUUCGUGGAAAAGAUAAAGAAAUAUGGGAAAGCCAAUCAAAAAGGCUCAAAAAAGUGCCCAAUAAAAAGGUUCAUGAUGUUAUUAAGAUUAGCAUUGAUGAGGAUCUUGAUCAUGAUGAGAAGAAGAUAUUUUUGGAUAUUGCAUGUUUUUUCGAUGGAUUGAAUUUGAAUGUUGACAAAAUAAAACUUCUAUUAAAGGAUCGUGAUUAUUCUGUUGCUGCUGCGUUAGAAAGGUUAAAAGAUAAAGCUCUUAUAACUAUUUCUCAAAAGAAUAUUGUAUCCAUGCAUAACAUUAUACAAGAAACAGCUUGGGAGAUGGUUCGCCAAGAAUCUAUUGAAGACCCCGGACACCGAAGUCGACUGUUGGAUACUGAUGACAUUUAUCAAGUACUGAAAAAUAACAAGGGGAGUGAGGCCAUCAGAAGCAUAGUCCUCAACUCGUCGAUGAUUAAGGAGCUGCAGUUAAGCCCUCAAGUAUUUGCUAAGAUGAGCAAACUACAAUUUCUUGAUUUGUAUUGUGAUUGGCCUUAUAAAGUGUUGUAUCUUCCUCAAGGGCUUGAAUCUUUGCCAAAUGAACUACGAUAUCUUCGGUGGGCUUCCUACCCUUUGGAAUCCUUGCCAUCCAAGUUUUCUGCGGAAAAUCUUGUUGAAUUGAACUUGCCCUACAGCCGAGUGAAAAAACUUUGGCACCAAGUGCAGGAACUUGAGAAUUUAAACACCCUCGUACUGCAUUCAUCCACAAGCCUGCUGGAACUGCCAGACUUUUCAAAGGCCACAAAUCUUAAAGUCAUAGAUCUCCGUUUUUGUCUAGAGCUGACUAGUGUGCAUCCAUCCGUUUUCUCUCUCAACAAGCUUGAGAAAUUGGAUCUAGGUGGAUGCAUUUCCCUUUCAACCCUUGGAAGCAAUAUCCAUCUGAGCUCCCUUCGUUUUCUCUCCCUCAAUGGCACGGGUAUCAAACAACUACCCUCCUCUAUUGAACUUCAAAGCAAACUUCAAAAGCUAAAUCUAGCAUGCACUUACAUUGAGAACUUGCCUACAAGCAUCAAGCAUCUUACAAAGCUUCGACAUCUAGAUAUUCGCCACUGUAGCGAGCUUCCGACUAUACCUGAGCUUCCCCCAUCACUUGAAAUACUAGAUGCCAGUGGCUGCAUAUCACUGGAGAGUGUGUUGUUCCCUUCAACCACUAGUGAACAACUGAAUGAAAACAAGAAAAGGGUAGCCUUCUGGAAUUGCUUGAAAUUGGAUGAACAUUCUCUCAGGGCUAUUGAGCUGAAUGCGCAAGUUAACAUGAUGAAAUUUGCAUUCCAACAUUUAUCCACAUUUGGUCGUGAUUAUGAUGCUCAAAUCACUAAUGUUAAUGCUGCUCAAAGCACUUAUGUGUAUCCGGGAAGCAAAGUUCCAGAGUGGCUGGUGUAUGGGACAACACAAGACUCCCUAACUAUUGAUCUCUCUUUUGGUCCGCAGUCCCCUGAGAUGGGCUUCAUUUUUUGCUUCGUAGUUCCGCAGGUUCAAUCAGAGGGUUUGUUUUUUAAAUUUAAGAUCAGUGUUGGUGAAGAUGAAGGUAACACUGUGUACCUGGACAGACCACGUCAUGGAAUUAUAUCGGAUCAUGUGUAUCUAAUGUAUGACCAAGGAUGUUCCAGCUACCUGAAUAGCCAAGCCAAACAUCAGCCAAGGUUUAAAAUCAAGGUUACAGCAGCAUCGCGAACACUGACAUCACAGUACGUGCCAUUGCUGUUAAGAGGGUUUGGGGUCAGCCCAGUAGAUGCCUCACAAUAUCUCAGUUUUCUUCAACAAAUAUUUGAAUGAUAGUGUUGAGAUAUAUAGUCCCACAUUAAUUGUGUGAGCAACUAAUGUGGCCUUUAUAAGGCCUUGGACACUUAACCCUUUGAGCUAGCUUUUGGAGUGGUGUAUCCCAAGGUUCUUUACAGAUAGUACUAUUCCAACGGUAUGUCCCCUUCUCGAAGGUUCACUCUCUUUCUCUCUCUAUCUGCUACUACUUGAUCUUCACUGCUUAGCUUUCACCUUAGAGACUGGUUUCUUAAUUUUUGUCAGUACCAAUUUUUACCUUCAUCCACUUUGAUUUGAUAUCAUGAUGGUGAAUUCUAGGAGUAGUUCACGAGAUUGCUUUGUUACGGGUUCAUUGAAUUGGGGAACUGUUUGUAGGAUAUAUAUUGUUAUUCA